AUGUCAGACGGCUAUUCUUCCGACAAGAGUUUCCGCCAUCUCAUCUCCUGCUUCCGGCCCAGACUGAAAAGGUACAUCCAGGUGGAGCCUUUGAUGGACUACCUGCCCUUUCUGCCUGCAGACGUAAAGGAGCAGAUUCAGAGGACAGCCCAGACCCAGGGGAACAUGCAAGCCGUCGAGGUGCUCUUGAGCACGGUGGAGAAAGGCACGUGGCCCCCUGGCUGGACCGUGGAAUUUGUGGUGGCCCUCCAGAGCUCGGGGAACCCCUUAGCCGCCCGCUACCUCACCGACCUGCCCUCACCCUCAUCUGAGAGCUGCCACGAUGAAUGUCUGCAGCUGCUUACCCUCCUUCAGCCCACUCUGGUGGACCAGCUGGCGGUCAGGGACGUCUUGGAUGAAUGUGUGGCGAAUAACCUGCUGACCAUCGAAGACAGAAAUUGGAUUUCUGCUGCAGAAAAUCGUGGAAAUGAAUCAGCCGUAAGAGAGCUUCUGAAAAGGAUUGUACAGAAAGACAACUGGUUUUCCACAUUUCUGGUGAUUCUUAAUCAAACAGGAAAUGAAAACCUUGUCCAAGAGUUAACAGGCACCACUUGGCCUGAAAGCAAUGCAGAUACUGAGAAUUUAUCACAAAAGGAUGGGCCCAAACCUGAAGAGCCACUUAUUUCUGCCACCAGUCAGUCAAGUUCCGAGGAGAGCUGUGAUAUGGAGAAUAAUUCCUCAGAAUUAUCUUUUGCAGAUUCUUCUGUAGUUUCAGAAUCAGACACAAGUUUGGCAGAAGGAAGUGUCAGCUGCUUAGAAGAAAGUCUUGGACAUAACAGCAACAUGGGCAGUGAUUCAGGCACCAUGGGAAGUGAUUCAGAUGAAGAGAAUGAGAUGAGAAGAGCAUCCCCUGAACCUGAGCUGCAUCUCAGGUCUUAUCAGUUGGAAGUCGCUAAAUCAGCCUUGGAAGGGAAGAACAUCAUUAUAUGCCUCCCUACAGGCAGUGGGAAAACCAGAGUGGCCGUGUACAUUGCCAAGGAUCACUUGGACAGGAAGAAGAAAGAAUCAGCACUCGGAAAAGUUAUUGUCCUUGUCAAUAAGGUACCUUUAGUUGAACAGCUCUUCCGCAAAGAGUUUGAACCAUAUUUGAAGAAAUGUUAUCGUACUAUUGGAUUAAGUGGUGAUACUCAACUGAAAAUAUCAUUUCCAAAUCUUGUGAAAACCCAUGAUGUUAUUAUCUGUACAGCUCAAAUUCUUGAAAAUUCUCUCCUAAAUUCAGAAAAAGGAGAAGAUGCUGGUGUUGAAUUGUCAGACUUUUCGCUUCUCAUCAUUGAUGAAUGCCAUCACACCAUCAAAGAAGCCGUCUAUAAUAACAUCAUGAGGCGUUAUUUGACCCAGAAGUUGAAAAACAACAUUCACAGGAAGGAAAACAAACCAGUAUUUCCUUUACCUCAGAUACUAGGACUAACAGCUUCACCUGGUGUUGGAGGAGCCAAAAAGCAAGCCAAGGCUGAGGAACAUAUUUUAAAAAUAUGUGCCAAUCUUGACUCAUUUACCAUUAAAACUGUGAAAGAAAAUAUUGAUGAACUCAGAGGCCACAUAAAGGAACCAUACAAAAAGUUUGUAAUUGCAGAUGUCACCAGAGAAGAUCCAUUUAAAGAAAAACUUCUAGAAAUAAUGACAAAGAUUCAAAUAUUUUGCCAAAUGAAUCUAAGGUCAGAUUUUGGAACUCAACCCUACGAACAAUGGGCCAUUCAAAUGGAAAAAGAAGCUGCAAGAGAAGGAAACCGUAAAGACCGUGUUUGUGCAGAGCAUUUGAGAAAGUACAAUGAGGCUCUGCAAAUUAAUGACACAAUCCGAAUGAUUGAUGCUUUUAAUCACCUUGAAACUUUCUAUACUGAUGAAAGACAAAAGAAGUUUGGCAUUUCAGAAGAUGAUAGUGAUGAGAGUGGGGACAGUGCCGAUGAGGACGGCAACAAAAAUGAGGAUAAAAAGAAGAAACCUUUGAAAUUGGAUGAGACGGAUAUCUUUCUCAUUGAUUUAUUUUUUGACAACAGGAAAAAAUUGAAAAACCUGGCUGAAAACCCAGAUCAUGAAAAUGAAAAGCUGAUGCAAUUAAGAAACACCAUAAUGGAGCAGUAUACUAGGAAUGAGGGGUCGGCAAGGGGGAUAAUUUUCACAAAAACACGACACAGCGCGUUUGCCCUUUCCCAGUGGAUUACUGAAAAUGACAAGUUUGCAGAAGUGGGAGUGAAAGCCCACCAUUUGAUUGGAGCUGGGCACAGCAGCGAGUUCAAGCCCAUGACACAGAAUGAACAAAAAGAAGUCAUUAGUAAAUUUCGCACUGGAAAAAUAAAUCUGCUUAUCGCCACCACAGUAGCAGAAGAAGGUCUGGACAUCAAAGAAUGCAAUAUUGUCAUCCGCUAUGGUCUCGUUACUAAUGAAAUAGCCAUGGUCCAGGCCCGCGGUCGAGCCAGAGCUGAUGAGAGCACCUACAUCCUGUUUGCUCCGUGUGGUUCAGGAGUUAUUGAACGUGAGAUAGUCAAUGAUUUCCGGGAGGAAAUGAUGUAUAAAGCUAUCAAUCAUGUACAAAACAUGAAACGAGAGGAGUAUGAUCGUAAGAUUUUGGAAUUGCAGAUGCAGAGUAUAAUGGAAAAGAAAAUGAAAAGCAAGAGAAUGACUGCAAAGCAUUACAAGGAUAAUCCAUCAUUAAUCACUUUCCUCUGUAAAAACUGUAAUGUGCUAGCCUGCACUGGAGACGACAUCCAUGUAAUUGAGAAGAUGCAUCAUGUCAAUAUGACACCAGAAUUCAAGGAGCUCUAUGUUGUGAGAGAAAACAAAGUACUGAAAAGGAAGUGCUCUGCUGACUAUCAAACCAAUGGCGAGGUUAUCUGCAAAUGUGGCCAAGCUUGGGGAACCAUGAUGGUGCACAGAGGUUUAGAUUUGCCUUGCCUCAAAAUAAAGAACUUUGUAGUUGCUUUCAAAAAGAAUUCUUCAAAGAAACAAUUCAAACAGUGGGUAGGAUUACCGAUCACAUUUCCGGAUCUUGACUAUUCACAGUACUGCUUGUUCAGCGAUGAGGAUUAG